AUUUAACUGAAAAUUUUCAUUAAUUAUUUAGUAUAUAACACUUAUUGUAAAAAUGGAGAAUUGGCAAUUGAUAUUUUAUUUGUUGAUAAUUUCCAGUUUAAUAUUUAACGAAGCGAUUAAAAUUAGAUUUAAUGUGGAAGACGAAAAAAUAUGCCAAUUUGAAGAAGGGUCGACAAGAUAUGCUGCUACAAAUGGUGACAUUGAUAUAUUAAAACUAGCUUACGAAAGUAGAUCUGAAUGGGAUGAAUAUACGACCGCUGCAGCUGCUGCAAAUGGACAUUACGAAUGUUUAAAAUAUGCGCAUGAAAAUGGAUGCCCAUUUGAUGAAUAUACAAUUAUACUAGCCGCAUCAAAUGGUCAUUUAAAAUGUUUAGAAUACAUUCAUCAAAAAGGAGGUCCAUGGGAUGAAUAUACAGCUACUAGUAUUGCAAUAGGAGGAAAUUUAGAAUGCUUAAAAUAUGCUUAUAAAAAUAAAUGUAAAUGGAAUGAAGAUACGACUAGAUCAGCAGCUGCUUACGGAAAUUUAGACUGUUUAGUAUUUGCUCACGAAAAUGGAUGUAAAUGGGAUGAAACAAUAACGGCAGCUGCUGCUUCUAGUGGUAAUUUAGAAAUUUUAAAAUAUGCACAUAAAAAUGGAUGUCCGUGGGAUGAAAGCACAACAGAAGCAGCUGCAUGUGAUGGCCAUUUAGAAUGCUUAAAAUAUGCACAUGAAAAUGGCUGUAAAUGGGAUGAAACAACAACAAGAGUUGCUGCUCAAAAUAGUAAUUUAGAAUGUUUAAAAUACGCACAUGAAAAUGGAUGCAAAUGGGAUGAAACAAUAACGACAGCUGCUGCUUCUAAUGGUAAUAUAGAAAUUCUAAUAUAUGCUCAUGAAAAUGAAUGCAAGUGGAAUGCAAGCACUCCUGCUGCAGCUGCCACAAACGGUGAUUUAGAAAUUUUAAAAUAUGCACAUGAUAAUAGCUGUCAAUGGGAUGUAAGAACUACAAGAGCAGCUGCACGUUAUGGCCAUUUAGAAUGCUUAAAAUACGCACAUAAAAAUGGAUGCGAAUGGGAUGAAACAAUAACAGCAGAAGCUGCUUCUAAUGGUUAUUUAGAAAUUUUAAGAUAUGCUCAUGAAAAUGGAUGUCCAUGGAAUGAAUACACAACUGCUGCGGCUGCUGCAAAAGGUUAUUUAAACAUUUUAAAAUAUGCACAUGAAAAUGAUUGCCCAUGGGAUGAAAGCACAACAAAAGCAGCUUCGAACUAUGGUAGUUUAGAAUGCUUAAAAUAUGCACAUGAAAAUAGAUGUUCUUGGGGUGUAGAAACCACAAGAGCUGCUGCUACUAGUGGUUCAUUUGUCUGUUUAAAGUAUGCCUACGAAAAUGGAUGUCCAUGGGAUAAUGGCACAGUAAGGGCUGCCGCAGCGUAUGGGCAUUUAGAAUGUUUAAAAUAUGCACACAAAAAGGGAUGUUAUUGGGAUGAAGGUACCACAAGAGAUACCGCUGCAGGUGGUUCUAUUAGAUGUUUAAUAUAUGCUCGUGAAAAUGGAUGUCCAUGGGAUGAUGGCACAACUAGAGCUGCUGCUUUAGGAGGUAAUUUAGAUUGUUUAACAUAUGCCCAUGAAAACGAAUGCCAAUGGGAUGAUGAUACAACUAAUGCUGCUGCUUUAGGAGGUAAUUUAGAUUGUUUAGUAUAUGCCCACGAAAAUGGAUGUCCUUGGGGUGAUGGCACAAUAGCUGAAGCGGCUAAUAAUUCCAAUUUUAGUUGUUUAAAAUAUGCUCACGAAAAUGGAUGUCAUUGGGGAGAUGGCACGACUAGAGCUGCUGCAUCUAGUGGUUGUAUAGAUUGUUUAAUAUAUGCUCAUGAAAAUGGAUGUCCAUGGGAUAAGGGCACAACAAGAGUUGCUACUUUAGAAGAUAAUUUAGAUUGUUUAAUAUAUGCCCAUGAAAACGGAUGCCCAUGGGAUGAUGACACAACUAAAGCUGCUGCUUUAGAAGGUAAUUUAGAUUGUUUAAUAUAUGCCCACGAAAAUGGAUGUCCUUGGGGUGAUGGCACAAUAGUUGAAGCGGCUAAUAAUUCUAAUUUUAGUUGUUUAAAAUAUGCUCACGAAAAUGGAUGUCAUUGGGAUGAUGGUACGACUAGAGCUUCUGCAGCUAGUGGUUGUAUCGAUUGUUUAAUAUACGCUCAUGAAAAUGGAUGUCCAUGGGAUAAUGGCACAAUUAGAGCUGCUGCUUUAAAAGGUAGUUUAGAUUGUUUAGUAUAUGCUCAUAAAAAUGGAUGUAUUUGGGAUAAAGAUACUACUAUAGCUGCUGCAGCUAGUGGUUGUUUAGACUGCUUAAUUUAUGCUCAUGAAAAUGGAUGUAUUUGGGAUAAAAAUACAAUAGUUACGGCUGCCAUGCAUGGUCAUUUAUAUAUCUUAAAGUUUGCUCAUGGUCAAGGAUACGAUUGGGUUGAAGGUACAACUAGAGGGGCUGCUGCAAAUGGACAUUUGGACUGUCUAAAAUAUGCAUAUGAAAAUGAUUAUGAGUGGGAUGAAGGCACAAUUAGGGAAGCUGCUGCAAGUGGUUGUAUUAAUUGUUUGAAAUUUUUACAUAAAAAAGGAUGCAAAUGGGACAAAGGAACAACAAGUGGAGCUGCUGCAAAUGGACAUUUAGACUGUUUAAAAUAUUCUCAUGAAAAUGGAUACGAGUGGGAUGAAGGCACAACUAGACUUGCUGCUGCAAAUGGUCAGUUUCGUUGCUUAAAAUACGCUCAUGAAAAUAAUUGUCCAUGGAGUAGAGAUACUAUUUAUGAAGCUACUCGAAAUGAUUAUACUGAUAUAUUGAACUAUGUUAUCGAAAAUGGUUGUCUUAAUUAGUUUUCUGUUAUUAUAUUUUUUACGAUAUAUUCAUAUAUGUAUAUUAAUUUUAUACUCGUAUAUUCAUUUAAGUUUAAUAUAUAUAUAUAUAUUCUUAAGCAUA